AAACAUAGUCUCCUACUGAGAAGACUGCAGAGCUCAAAUCAGAAAAAAAUGAAUUCUAUAUAACCACGUUUUAGUUCUCUUUCGUUGAACAUCCACUUUGAGCUGAGAAAACUGUAGAGCUCAGAUCAGAAAAAGAGUGAUCAUGGCUUCAGAUCUUCCAGUCAUUGAUCUUUCUCUCCUUCCCUCCAAUUUUGGAGAGAAACAAAAUUUUUCUGAUCUGGAUGGAAAUAAUGAGUUGAAAAAACUCAGAGAGGCUUGUCAAGAACUGGGUUUUUUUCGAAUUAUAAAUCAUGGAAUGGAGGCAGCUUUCAUCCAGAAGACUGACAGUCUUGCCCGAGAUAUGUUUUCUUUGGCAGAGGAGGAAAAGAGCAGAGCCAUUUUUCCCAUAUUUAAUACUGGGUAUUGCCCAGCUGAUGCAGGGGCAGAUGGGAAAGCUUCACUACCGGAGAACUUGGUUUUCCCUGGUGAAAAUGCUCUGCCCAAUUCUGUUGAUCAGAUCUCUGCUAAACUAUGGCCUCAUGGAAACAAUGAUUUCCAGCAAACAGUGCACAAGUACAAUUCACACAUGACAGAGGUUGCACAUAGAAUCUUAAAGCUCGUUCUACUUAGCCUAGGUUUGGAUGUUUCCAAGCACUACAACUCAGAUCCUUUUGGUACUUCUCUCCAAGGUUGGCUUCGUAUGAACUACUAUUACAACACAAAAGAUGAAGAAGAAGAAGCCCAAAAUGUGCAACACAUCUCAAAAGCUCAUACAGAUCUUGGUUGUGUUACAAUCUUGUACCAGGAUAACGUUGGAGGCCUUCAAAUCAGAACAAAGAAAGGUGAUUGGAUUAAUACUAAGCCUUUACCUGGAGCCUUUGUUGUCAACCUUGGUGACUGCUUACAGAUGUGGAGUAAUUGUAGAUACCGCAGUUCAGAACAUCGUGUGGUAUAUCAAGGCUUGAAAAAGAAUCAGGGACGAUUGUCCAUGGCAUUCUUUUUGGAUUUUAUAGAUAAAGCAGAGAUUCGAGCUCCAAAAGAGUUGAUAGAUGAAGAACAUCCACAAAAAUAUAAAACUGUUAAAUUCAGUGAUAUCACAUCAUAUUUGAUGCAAGUAGGUCCAACUCUUGGUGGACCUCCUUCUUACUUCUUACUUUAGGUAAAGAUGCAGUAUUUAAAACUUGUUAAUCUAUUGCAGGUAAAGUUUUGUAAAAGAAAAGAAAUGAAAAUAAUAUCUCAAAUAUUGAGAUCUGUAGUGAGUUUGUUUUAAGAAAUAUGGAUGUGUAAUAAUAUCUUUUUUAUAUAAUGAAAUAACUUUUGCAAAUUUAAAAUAA